AUGGGGAUGAAGAUUGCAGUCGAGACGGGUCUUGCCCAAAUGGAUGUGCCAGUGGAUGGGAUGGAGACUUCACAUAUUCACCGAGACGAUCGCGUCCAUCUUGAAGACAAAGAAGCAAAGUCGUUCCUCGUUGGACAGUCCGGCAGGUACCGGCGGACAGAGAAAAUAUUUGAGGGUGAUCUAAACGAAGAGUGUCGUGAAGGCUGCACAUUUGAAGAGCUCAGGGAACAUGGGAAAGGGUACCAGGAAGUGCUGGUCUUCAUGAAAGAAUACAAUUGCAAACAUAAAGGAUUAUUACCAUGUCCUUAUGGUCAAGCGUGUGUGGCGACAAAUGGAGACACGUUCAGCAUUUCCAACCUACACGUAGACUGUUCUGAUAUAGUUUGCACGAAACAGCUUGCUCUCGAAAACGGUGAGGUUUCUGUAUCGAAAUUUACCAUCGAUGGUACGGCGAAGUACUCGUGCAAAAAAGGUUAUGCCCUAAAAGGAGCAUCCACGGCCAGGUGCGAAAUAAGCGGCGAAAAGGGGAAAUGGUCAGCUGAUAGACCCCAAUGUCAAGAAAUUACCUGCGACCAACCGUCACUACUGUUCAAUGGAACCGUUUCUGCCCCCGCACCAUCAACCUUCGGCUCGGCCGUGAGUUACAAGUGCGACAAAGGCUUCGUUCUCGAAGGGAAAGAGAAUUCAACCUGUGUCGAGAACGGUUUUGGUAAUGUCAAAGGGAAAUGGGAAGACUCAACUCCCGUCUGUAGAGCAAUAACCUGCGACACGCCGUCCCUAACAAAUGGACAAGUGUCUGUCCCGAAAACUGCACAUCUAGGUUCAGCAGUUAGCUACCAGUGUGACACAGGUUACGUUCUAGAAGGGAAAGGAAAUUCCACCUGUGUCGAGGAUGGUCCUGAUAAUGUUAAAGGCAGCUGGGCUGACCCGACGCCUGCAUGCACAGCAAUAACCUGCGACACACCGUCCCUAACAAAUGGACGAGUGUCUGGCCCGAAGCCUGCACUUCUAGGUUCAGCAGUCAGCUACCUGUGUGACACAGGCUACGUUCUCGAAGGAAAAGGGAAUUCCUCAUGCAUCCAAAACGGAUCUCAUGAUGUUAAGGGGAAAUGGGCUGACCUGACACCCGUGUGCAUAGCUAUUACCUGUGAACCUCCUGUCAUAUCAAACGGACAUGUAUCAGUCACCAAACCAGCCGUGUAUGGGUCAACUGCAACCUAUCGUUGUAACAACGGCUUUGUUCUGGAUGGGAAAGGAAGCUCCCAGUGCAAUCGAAAUGGAACUGAAAAUGUUUAUGGGAAGUGGACUAACCAGUCGCCUGUGUGCAAAGCUAUAAGUUGCGACACACCAUUGUUACUGAAUGGACAAGUCAGAGCGGGUGGUCAAAGAACCAAUGGCACGACAGUGAUCUUUAGAUGCGACAAAGGCUUCAUUCUCGAAGGGAAGACAAAUUCUACUUGCGUUCAUGAAGAUCCAAACAUCGCCAAGGGAAAGUGGUCAGAGCCAACGCCUGUUUGCAAAGCUAUUACCUGUGAACCUCCUGUCAUAUCCAACGGACAUGCAUCAGUCACCAAAGCAGCCGUGUAUGGGUCAAAUGUAACUUAUCGUUGUAACCAAGGCUUUGUUCUGGAUGGGAAAGAAAGCUCCAAGUGUAUUCAAAACAGAACUGACAGCGUUUAUGGGAAAUGGAAUGACCAGUCGCCUGUGUGCAAAGCAAUAAGUUGCGACACACCAUUCUUACUGAAUGGAGAGGUAACAUCGGUUGGGCUAAGUACCCAUGGCACGACAGUGAGCUAUAGAUGCGACGUAGGUUUCAUUCUCGAUGGAAAGACAAAUUCUACGUGUGUUCAUGAAGAUCCAAACAGCGCCAAGGGAAAUUGGUCAGAGCAAACGCCUGUUUGCAAAACUAUUACCUGUGAACCUCCUGUCAUAUCCAACGGACAUGCAUCAGUCACCAAAGCAGCCGUGUAUGGGUCAAAUGUAACUUAUCGUUGUAACCAAGGCUUUGUUCUGGAUGGGAAAGAAAGCUCCAAGUGUAUUCAAAACAGAACUGACAGCGUUUAUGGGAAAUGGAAUGACCAGUCGCCUGUGUGCAAAGCAAUAAGUUGCGACACACCAUUCUUACUGAAUGGAGAGGUAACAUCGGUUGGGCUAAGUACCCAUGGCACGACAGUGAGCUAUAGAUGCGACGUAGGUUUCAUUCUCGAUGGAAAGACAAAUUCUACGUGUGUUCAUGAAGAUCCAAACAGCGCCAAGGGAAAGUGGUCAGAGCAAACGCCUGUUUGCAAAACCAUAAGUUGCGACACACCAUUAUUACUGAAUGGACAAGUAAUAGCGGGUGGUCAAAGUACCCAUGGCACGACACUAUUACCUGUGAACCUCCUGUCAUAUCAAACGGACAUGCAUCAGUCACCAAAGCAGCCGUGUAUGGGUCAAAUGUAA